AUGGACAGGAACCAUAUGGAACCGCAUGCUGCGUCCCGUAAGAGAUUGUGUGGGAUGCUGGAGGCCCAUGACUUGUGUGAUGUCUGGAGGAACUUCCAUGGAGGGCAGAGACAGGACAUAGCCAGAUCUCUCAAAGCUCUGGAGACUGAAAUAGUGGCGCUCCAGGGUUUAGCAGAGGCCACAGGAAAUCGGGGGCAUAUUGAAGCUCUGAAAACUAAAAAGACUGCAUUGGCUGACCUUUUAGGCAUAACAGCACAGGGGGCGCUGGUCCGCUCACGUUUCCAGCGCGUGUCGGAAAUGGAUGCUCCUUCAAAGUUCUUCUUCGGUCUCGAGCGCAGGAAUGGACAGAAAAGGUUUAUGCAUGCUGUGCGUACAGAAUCAGGGGAUCUCUUAUCUGAGCCUUCUGAAAUUCGCCAGCAGACAAUCAGCUUUUUCUCAAAGCUGUACGAGAGCGAGUGGGCAGAGGCACGAGAGGUGGAGGAGGGAUUCUUCCGUGACCUCAGCCAGCUCACGCGAGAGUCUGCUGCAGUGCUGGAUGCAGAUAUCUCUCUGGGAGAGCUGUAUGAGGCUCUCCAGGGCAUGGAGAAUGGUCGGGUGCCAGGUAUUGAUGGUCUCCCUGUUGAAUUUUAUAAAGCGUUUUGGUCAGUGUUGGGGCAGGAUGUGCUGGAUGUCCUCCAGAACAGCAUAAGGGAAGGGAAGCUUCCGCUGAGCUGUCGGAGGGCCGUUCUAACCCUGCUACCCAAGAAGGGGGACCUAGCUGAACUAAAGAACUGGCGCCCCGUCUCUCUGUUGUGCACUGACUGCAAGCUGCUCUCAAAAACGUUAGCCUCGAGACUGGGGAAGGUGAUGGAGCAGGUGGUUCACCUUGACCAGACGUACUGUGUGCCUGGAAGGGACUUCUACAUCUGCCAAAAGAGGAAGGGGGGCAAGGACUCGUUCACUUGGCUAGCAGGGCCGCUGCCUUCCGAAUCCAGUUCAUCCAGAGACUUCUUGCUGGUCCCAGCUGGCUCCGCUUUGCACUGGCUGUUGGAGGAGCCUCUUUUCAACGGCACACGACUGGACUUGGCGGGCACGAUCACCCCUGCACUGACUAGAGUCUUGUUGUCAUCGGGAGUCACAACCCUCCGCCGGCUGGUGGACGUCGCCGGACCAGAUCUCACUCGGGUGGAGGACGUGGCUGCGAGGCUGGGGAUGAGAUCUCUGCGAGUUGUGGCUCAGCUGCUCGAGGGAUGGAGGACAGCUCUCUCUCCUGAGGAACGCGAGCAAGUGAGGGACUACAGUGCAGGGGUGGUCAGUCCCACGGAGCAUGACCCAUUCCCGGACAUCACUAUCACGCCGGACCUACAGGACUGUGAAGGCCCCCUUCUGGAGUGUGAGGGGGAGUCCAGAAUGAACUUGGGGACAGUGUCUGGUAAGCUGCUGUACAGAGCCUGUGUGAAGUUUGUGUUGUCUCUGUGCAGCCAGUACUUCCGGGAGACGAUACUCAACGAGAUCCGCAAAGCGCGGGAGCUGUACACAGGGGAUGAGCUAGCGGCAGAGUUGGGGCGAAUCCAGCAGCGAUUGGACAAUGUGGAGUGCCUGUCGGCCGACAUCGUGAUCAAUCUGCUCCUGUCGUACAGAGAUAUACAGGAUUACGAAUCAAUUAUAAAGCUGGUGGAAACUCUAGAAAAGCUCCCCACGUUUGACCCUGUGGCCCAUCCCCAUGUGAAGUUCCACUAUGCUUUUGCUCUGAACAGGAGGAAUCAGCCAGGUGACCGACAGAAGGCUCUGGACAUCAUGCUGCCGCUGGUGGAGAGCGAGGAGCAGGUAGCCUCUGAUAUUUACUGUCUGGUGGGACGGAUCUAUAAGGACAUGUUCCUGGACUCGCACUUCGCUGACACUGAGAGCAGAGACAGCAGCAUACAGUGGUUCCGGAGAGGAUUUGAAUCAGAGCCCACUCUUCACUCUGGCAUAAACUACGCAGUGCUUUUGCUGGCUGCCGGCCACCAGUUCGACUCUUCCUUUGAGCUGCGUAAAGUGGGUGUGAAGCUGAGCAGUCUGCUGGGGAAGAAGGGCAGUCUGGAUAAGCUGCAGAGUUACUGGGACGUGGGAUUCUUCCUGGGGGCCAGCAUACUGGCCUGCGACAACACACGCGUCAUACAGGCGUCUGAAAAGCUCUUCAAACUUAAAGCUCCCGUCUGGUACCUCUGCUCAUUGGUUGAGACCAUUCUAAUUUAUCAACACUUUAAAAAGCCUUCCUCUGAGCCGCCGGGGACCAAACAGGAACUCAUGGACUUCUGGAUGGACUUUAUGGUGGAGGCCACUAAAAAGGAUGUGUCUUCUGUCCGCUUUCCUGUUUUGAUACUGGAGCCCACUAAAGUCUACCAGCCGUCUUACCUGACAAUCAACAACGAUGCAGAAGAGCACACUUUGUCCAUUUGGCACGUGGCUCCUGAUGACAAAAAUAAGGGCAUCCAUGAGUGGAAUUUCAGUGCAGCGUCUGUGCGGGGGGUGAGCAUUUCCAAGUUUGAUGAGCGCAGCUCCUUCCUCUAUGUGUUGAACAACUCUGAAGACUUCCAGAUUUACUUCUGCACUGAGAUGCACUGCAAAAGGUUCUGUGAGCUGGUGAACAGUAUGACGGAGGAAGCGUGGCGGGUUCAGGAUGAGGCAGAGUGUGAUUCGGAGGCUUUAGAGUACGAUUACGAGUAUGACGAGCAUGGAGAGAGGGUGGUUCUGGGAAAAGGCACCUUCGGGAUCGUCUAUGCGGGUCGUGACCUCAGCAACCAGGUCCGUCUGGCCAUCAAGGAGAUUCCUGAGCGGGACAGCAGAUACUCGCAGCCCCUGCAUGAGGAGAUAGCCCUGCACAAGCACCUGAAGCAUAAAAACAUCGUGCAAUACCUGGGCUCCAUCAGUGAGAACGGCUUCAUCAAGAUCUUCAUGGAGCAGGUGCCUGGAGGCAGCCUGUCAGCACUACUGAGAUCCAAAUGGGGACCACUGAAAAACAACGAGCCGACCAUUGGAUUCUACACCAAACAGAUCCUGGAGGGGCUCAAAUACCUGCAUGACAACCAGAUCGCUCACCGGGACAUCAAGGGAGACAAUGUGCUGAUAAACACCUACAGUGGGGUUCUGAAGAUCUCCGAUUUUGGCACUUCAAAGCGUCUGGCUGGCAUUAACCCCUGCACCGAGACCUUCACUGGCACACUACAGUACAUGGCUCCUGAGAUCAUAGACAAAGGCCCUCGUGGAUACGGCAAGCCAGCAGACAUCUGGUCACUGGGCUGCACUAUUAUAGAGAUGGCCACAGGCAAACCACCCUUUUAUGAGCUGGGAGAACCACAGGCGGCCAUGUUUAAGGUGGGGAUGUUCAAGAUCCACCCAGAGAUUCCGGACUCCAUGUCAGCUGAGGCGAAGGCCUUUAUUCUGCGCUGUUUUGAGCCGGACCCGGACCUCCGCGCUACGGCCAAUGAGCUGCUCACCCAUGAAUUCCUCACCGUGACCUCCCGCAAGAAAAAAGCCAAAGGCAACAACUUUACAGCUUUGUCUCCAGGAACAGAAUACCUUCGCAGCAUCUCUCUUCCUGUGCCCGUGGUGGUGGAGGACACGAGCAGCAGCAGCGAAUACGGCUCCGUCUCCCCCGACAACGAGCUGAACUCCAACCCCUUCCUCUUCAAGCCCAGCACCAAGUGCUACAGCGAGAGAGAGGUCAAAGGCCAUCGCUCCCUUUUCCUCAGUAUCCCAGUGGAGCAGUUUGAGGACCACAGUGCCCCCCCGUCUCCAGAGGAGAAGGACGCUGGGUUCUUCAUGCUGAGGAAGGACAGUGAGCGGAGAGCCACUCUGCACCGCAUCCUCACUGAGGACAAAGACAAGAUAGUCAGCAACCUGCAGGAGGCACUCACACAGGGCUCUGAGGAGACUAAGCUAAAGCAUGAGCACAUUUCCACUCUGGUGGCCAGCCUGGGUGAGUUUGUGCGCAUGGCGGACAGAAAGAUCAUCGCCAACACGCUUUCCCAGCUCAAACUGGAGCUGGACUUCGACAGCACUGCUAUCAGUCAGCUGCAGGUGACGCUGUUCGGCUUUCAGGACGCGCUGAACAAAGUGCUGCGGAAUCACAAUAUCAAACCUCACUGGAUGUUUGCACUGGAUAACAUAAUCCGUAAGGCUGUACAGACCGCCAUCACUAUCCUGGUGCCAGAGCUCAGGCCACACUUCAGCUUGGCGUCUGAAAGUGACCCAGCCGAUCAGGAAGAUGAUGAUGACGACACUGUACCUCAUGGAAGCCCUGUCCACAAAAGCAGAGCCCCACCCAUUGUGAACCAUGAUGACACGGUAGCUACAUCGGGAGUGAGCACGCUCAGUUCCACCGUUUCUCACGAAUCUCGCACAGCACAGCACUCUGUUAACAUGGAGCUUGGCCGCAUGAAGCUUGAGACCAGCAGGUUGCUAGAGGAGCUGCUAGAGAAGGAGAGGGAGUACCAGUGUAUCCUGCAGCAUGUUCUGGAAGAGAGAGAGCAGGAGAUUAAUCUACUGAAGAUGCGCUCUGAGCCCAUUGAUGUGGCUACUCCCUCAGUGAGUACACAGAGUUCAUUAGGAGGAGAGGGCGAUCCCGAGCUGCUCAAAUGGCUCAGGUUACAUGGAGCGGAUGCUGACUCUAUAGACAGGAUCAUAGCGGAGGAAUACACUCUGGAUGACAUCCUUCAUUACGUCACCAGGGAUGAUCUGAAGAGUCUGAGACUAAAGGGUGGAAUCCUCUGUAAGCUUUGGAAAGCCAUCACAGAACACAGGGAGAAGCCUGGCUGAGUCUGGGCCCAACAGUCCGCUAUCUACUGCACUUUACUCUGGCGUGUUACAGACCAAAUCCCUGAGAGCCUGCUCCAGAAAGCCCCUAGAAACCCCACAGAUAGGCCUGGAUGCUCUAAUACAGGACUGUUCUGACCAGGAACAGCUCAAACCCUGACCUGUGGGGGAAAUCUGGUCAACACAGACAUUUUAUUGACAGUGAUAUGAGUUUUAAUACAAAUUUAGGGGACCAUUCAGUUCAUAUGUACACUGUUGCACUGUACAUACAUUAUAGUGUGUUACAUUCUGUCAGUAGUUGUUGGGAGUUAAACAGACCAUUGGAAGGCAAUGUAUGGAACAAACCUCUACACCGGGGAUACUAGCUGACAUGUUGUGGCUUGGUGCUUCUUCAUAGAGGAAAACUAUGAUUUGUUUGUUGUUUAUUUGUUUACAAAAACAGAAACUGAGACUGAUCAUUGCCCUGAAAGCCAGGCAAUGCUUUACAGACUUUCCAGAGGUACCUUUGUAACCUUAAGCUUGUAUUUGAAACAUUUCAAUACAAUAUCCUAAUCCUUAACACUAUGGGUUUUUCUAUGAUUGUUGUUCUCAGCUUUUGCUUGUUUGUACACCUUUUGGAGACUUUGUAUACAUUUCCCUUUAAAUGGCAGGGUGGAAGCGCUUGUUACUGUCCUUUUACUAUUGCAGCUUUUGUACUGGGUGGUGUUUUUAGCAGAAAUAUAUAUGCCAUAGACACAUAUUCAGUUAUAUGCAUAAUCGUUAAUGCAAAUUUAAGUGAAAUUGUACUGUAUCCUUGAAAUAGAUGUGACAUUGGAAGUUGUAAAUAUCCAAGUCAGAUUCCUGUACUAUUCCAAAGGAAGUACAGGUUAGGCUUUUCUCUUUUAAGUCGUUGAAUUUUGACGUCAUUACUAGCGUUUCUUAAGUUUACCUCCAACCAAUAUCCAUUAUAACAUACGUUCACGGCUUUCUAAAGCUUAAAUCCGGUCAUAACGCAAAGCAAUUUAACAUGUCAUAUUUACCAACUUUGCUCAUUUUAUUUAAACAGCCCUCUUAUUUGGUAUAUGAUGUAUUUAAUUUGUAUCUCUUUAAUCAUGAUAAACUAAUGAGAUUAUUUGUGUAAUGUUAUACAAUAUGACAAUCCUCAGAAUUAACUGUGAAAUUAAAGUGUGACUUGAAAAACA